GUCAUCAGUGAGCGACCCGACCCACAUGGCAGAGCGCUGACGUUUUGAAGGCACUUGCAAAGUCAGGGUCAGCAUGGCCAGGCGGUGGUCCGAGGGCCACUCCACGUACGUCCUGUGUGUUGGGGCGUCUUCGGGCCCUGAGAGUCUCCUCGCUUCAGGCUCUGAGAGUGGAGAGGUCACGGUGUGGAGCCAAGAGGGGGCCAUCAUAGGCCGCCUCACUCUCUCUGGUGAAGAGGACAGCACGAGUGUUGUGUUCUCACCAGCAGCUCCGAUCCAGCUGUUUGUGUCACAUGGAGAUGUGGUGAGUGUCCUUGACCCCCGAAACCUGAAGGGCCCGGUGGAGGAGUUUCAGGGUGCAGGGGAGGAGGAGAUUAACGCGUUGGCGCUAAACGACACAGGUUCAGCCCUGGCAAUGGCUGAUGACUCCGGGGCAGUCCGGGUCCUGGAGCUCCCUGGAGGGAAAGUAUGCAGGACUCUUCGCAGACACACCAACAUCUGCUCCUCUGUGGCUUUUCGGCCUCACAGACCGAAUAACCUGGUGUCUGCUGGACUAGACAUGCAGGUGAUGCUGUGGGGUCUGCAGAAGACACGGCCUCUUUGGACCCUCAACCUCCAGGAUGUGGCAGAGGAAGAAGACGACCAUCAGCAGCGUCCCGGUCAGCUUUUCAACCCACCACUGGCCCAUUGUGUGUCCGUGGCAAGUUGUGGAAACAUUAUAGGUUGCGCAGCAGAGGACGGACGGGUGCAUCUGAUGCGGAUCGGCAGCGGCUCUAAACUGGAACAGCUGGGAGCAGUCAAGGCCCACAGUCAGGGGGCCUCGCAAGCCCACUUUGUUAGUUUCCUUUCUCACCCUCACUGGCUCGUCACUGGGGGGAAUGACGGCCAGGUCGCCCUGUGGGACCUCAGUAAGCACCCGGUGGUGACUCCAGACGUGAAGGCCAAAACUAGAGUGACAGCAGCCCCACGCAGGAAGUGGAAAAGCAAGGCAAAGCGGAAAGAGCAAUGCCAGGAUAAAGCAACCAAGGUUGAAAUGGAGAAAGAGGAAGUGGAGGAUGAAGCGGCAGCAAGUGCAGAGGAGGUGCCGGAGGAGAAGUCUGGGCCCAAACUGAGCAUCAGUCAUGGGGACAAAGUGAACUGGUUGUGCCCUGCUGUGCUGAAAGGAGAACCCAGUGUGGUGGUUGCAGAUCAGAGCUCCUGUCUGACAGUUUACCCUCUGUCUCAACAAUAGAUUAAUGUUCUUUUUUUGUUUACAAUACUGUGUGAUACUGUUAGAAGUUGCAGCAUCAUUAUUUCUUCUGGUCUACAUGGUACAUUUUGACAAUACGGUCUUAUUUUUUUACAGAAGCAGACACAUCUGUUUUGUAUGAGUCUUUACAACAUUUUCAACAAACUAAACGUGUAAUUGUUUUUCAGCUCUCGUUUAAUGAAAGAUUUACUGAUAUUGCUCAUUUGGGUUUUUUGUGUGUGUGGUCCUAUAAAAAAUGUUAUCCUUUGAAAUAUAUGCAUUUCUGUGACUGUAAAACUAAAACCUUCAUGUGCUUUUGGAGAUCAACAACACAUCUCAAUCCAAACCAGGUGCCAAACUAGAAAAACAAAGCAGAGACUUGGAGUGUAAACUGUUUCCAGGAUGUGACAUUACAAACACUGACGAAAGAAAAUUCAAGAGAAUUAAAAUGAGUCUAAAGCAGCACGUCCAGAUCUGACAAUGAGCUAACCCCCACACAAUGAUGUAAUGUACAAGUAAGAUGUU